UUUUGCGAUCUCCCUGGAAUACGAGAGAAAACAUUUACGGUUCGUACGAUUAAAUACGCCUUUCAGAACGCAGGAAUCUGGCCCGUCAGCUUUAAAGCUAUACGAAGGAAGCUCAAGGAAUAUGGGAAAAAGAGAAGGAAAGACACUGGCUUGGAGAAUCUGGAAUUUGGAUCUGAUUUAGAUACUAAAGCGGAAGCAGAAAACCCACCAAUUCCUAUACCUCCUCCUGUUCACGAAUUGGAAGCAACAUACCAAUUACCUACCCUCCCAAAACCUCCAUCUUCAUAUAACGAAUACGUUCUACGCCUCGAUAAUCUCAAUGACAAGAUUCUAGACGCUUUAAGCUCUUCCUC